UGCAGUCUGAAGAUCGCGGGAUCCCUGACCGCCUUUGCUACCGCUUCAAAAGUUUUACCACGUCGAUGCUCGCGGCGGAAGCCGAUGCUGCAACGCCGGCCCAGAUUCGAAUCCUCUCAACUCCGGUGCAAGGGUACCCGUUGUCAACUCCGUGACCACCUCUUCGCAACUCCGGCAUCGGUAGACUUUAUAGAACUGUUUCCCCAAGUUAACAGCUUGCCCCGCGAUGCUUCGCUUCUGUACUUUCUGCAUCUCUAGGAGAUUCAAUCCUAGACGACCAGUAUUCCAAACCCUGACCAGAAUGGUGAACAUGGCGACCUCUACGCGCUCUACCGAGAGCAACAACGGCAAAGUCUGGGCGGCCGACGACUUCAACAAGCGAGAUAUCCGCGACACCAAGCUAUGGGGCGACCUACACAAGCACUUCCACGACCUGAUGAGUCCAGCGUUCGGUAAAGUCAGCGACGCCGCAGACCCCGAGCUGUCUCCCGACGGGAAGACGGUCAGCUUCACCGGCAGCAUCUGGACGAAACUUGAGGGGUCGGCGGAGAAGCGCGUGUGCACUGUCGAUGUUGCGACGUGCAAGAUGGAGGUCAUUGCUCAAGGCCCGAAUAAUGAUCAGCAGGCCAAGUGGUCUCCCAACGGUCGGAGUCUUGCUUUUCUCUCGGAUCGGAGUGAGAAGGGGACGUUUCAUUUAUAUGUUCUCGAUCUUGAUCGGUUGCGAGAGGCAAAGCCCGUGCGGCUGCCGAAGGGAGAAACGGCGGAAUAUGCCCUGUGGUCGCCGAAGGGAGACUACAUUCUCAUAGGUGCGGCCGGUCAGGGCGCAGACAAGGCUGGCGGUAAUGGGUCGGGCAACCUUAACAAUAGUCAAGGUGACGGUGGAAGUCCUGCCUGGAUGCCGACUGUCGAGCCUGAUUCGCAAAAGAAGCUCGGGCGGUCACUUUGGCUCUAUGACCUGGAGAAAGACGACUUCCACCAGCUAUCUCGCCCCGAACUCACCGUUUGGGAAAGCGCAUGGUGUGGUCCGGCGCACAUCGUGGCCAUCGCCUCAGAUGAUCCUUCAGAGUCAUCGUGGUAUGAGUCCUCAGUCAUGCUCAUCGACGCCUCCUCGGGCUCCGAUCGUACAGUCUACACCACGGACGUUCAGCUCGGACUGCCAGCUGCAUCGCCAUCGGGGCGUCACGUAGCAUUCGUCGAGGGCCCGCUCAGCGACCGAGGGGUGGUAGCAGGAACUGCCAAGCUCGUCAAAGUUGGGACCAAGGCAUCCAUUACUCUGGAUACGGCCAACGUCGAUGUUAGCCAGCUGUCUUGGGCCGACGAAGAUCGUUUGUUCUUCAUAGGUCUCCGGGGCUUACAUGUGGUCGCUGGGGAGGUCAAUGUCAAGACUGAAAAGGUGCGGGAAACCUGGACAACUGCGGAUGGUGUGGGAGGCCGUUAUCCCGAGGCAAGUGGGAUUGUAGACGGGCGCUUUGCCGUGGUCCGCAGUAGCUGGACGACCUAUCCCGAAGUGGCCGUCGUACAGCACGGAAAGAGUCGGACAAUCGCAUCUCUGGAUCAUGAAGGCGCCGCAUACCUCCGCUCUGCGUGUGGGCCGAUGGAAGAAAUCAGCUGGACUGCCUCGGACGGCACCGAGAUUCAAGGCUAUCUUUCCCUGCCCAAGUCCGGAAAGAAACCCCAUCCCCUCGUACUUCACGUACACGGCGGUCCAAUCGCGGCAUUUUCGAAUGGGUGGCAGCUCAAGUAUCCAUUUGUUCCAGUCUUCGCUGCGAAUGGAUAUGCUGUGCUUAGUCCCAAUCCCCGAGGGUCGAAGGGGCGAGGAGACGCGUUCGUUUCCCAACUCCAAGGGGACAUGGGCGGCAUUGACGCGGGCGAUUUGCUGUCCGGGAUCGAUGUAUUAGUCGAAAAGGGCAUUGUGGAUCCAAAACGAGUGGGUGUGAUGGGUGGCAGCUACGGGGGCUUCAUGGCAGCGUGGCUGCCUACCCAGAGCAAACGUUUCGCUGCCGCCAUCCCCUUGGCGCCCGUCACGGACUGGUUCUCGGAGCACACCACCUCAAACAUUGGAAACUUCGAUCGCAUGAUGAUGAGCCCAGACGAUCCAUAUGCACCAGCAGGACGCUACUACGACCAAAGCCCUCUACGCUUUGUACAACACUGUUCUACGCCAGUCCUGCAGCUCGUGGGUGCAGACGAUCGAUGUGUUCCGGCGUCACAGUCACUCCAAUUCCAUAAUGCGCUUGUGGAACACGGCACCGAGUCCUCUCUCGUCACGUAUCCGGGAGAGGGACAUGGAGUCCGCAAGUUCCCCGCUGUGAUUGACCUCUGCGUGAGAAUGCUGGCCUGGCUGAACCGACACAUGCCGGCUUGAUCGCCGCUCUAGCAUGCCAUCGGCAUAAGAGCAUGGUAGGGUUUCGUGAGGGGUUCGCACUCCAGGCUGUGAUGGGUGGACAGUCAGGAGUGGGUUGAGGGUGUGCAGACCUUUGAACCCUGCUGACGGACGAUCGGCCGACGGCCGAGACGGAGCAGCAGAUGUCCGUCAAUCAGGAGCGCGGCGAUGUCACACCGGGGGGAGGAGCUUCCGGUAGCCUGGUCUUUCGCUUGCAGGCUCGAUGCCUUGCAUGAACAGAGCUGUACUGUCUGAAGUUGGGGUUACGUCUGUCGUCAUAUGAGGUAUUAGACGCCAGGCUGACGGAUCUCGGCCAGCCUAAUUGCACCCAUGAUUUGGAUCAUUGUCGCCGUGCAGGACGUGUCUCUACACCUUUACACUCAGGUGAAGAAGUAUGAUGAAGUUGUCGGAUCAAUGUUUCGAGAGUGACCGCUGCACG